AUGGGGGAAGGAAGAUUCUUUGGUGAGAUUAGCGUGGUCUUCAGCUGUCCAAGAACAGCUUCUAUCAGGUAAAAUGGUUCGCCAUAUAUAAAAAAAACCCUUUACCUUUACGUGAUAGUGAAUUCACUUCGAGCGUAGUUGUAAAACUGUGUCGCAACAGCUCUAAAAAAAUCUACAGCAUGAAACGCCCGGGUGUAUGCUAAAUUCGCACCUUCGAGGAACUCGGGCAAUCACGUGCACAAGAUUCCCCGUUGAGCUAUCCCGGGGAAGUAUAUCCCGGGGAGGUACGAAGAAGUACUCAAGUGACAAAAUCAAAUGUAACAGCUGACUGAAAAGUCCUUCGCGAAAAGCUUUAUGUGUGGUGGGUCCCAAGGUGGAGACGAUGUCAGCAAGGUACCUACAAUCCUGGACAAAAGUCCUUGGGACAGCAAGAGCAUAACAGCAAUUCUGUGCGUAUCACAAGUAAUAUUAAAAAAAAAAACAGUGCUAUCGAUCAUUUUAAAAAUCCAUAACCCCUCCCUCUUCCCCACCCAGUACAAUGUUGAAAGAUAAAAAAAAAAAAUGCCUAGACGGUUUCAACACUGUCCGNCUCUUCCCCACCCAGUACAAUGUUGAAAGAUAAAAAAAAAAAAUGCCUAGACGGUUUCAACACUGUCCGUGGGGUGGGGGGUGGGGAUGGGGCCGUGCAGAGUUAGUAGCGCACGGAUAUUAAUAUUGCCUAAUUUCAUGCCGCGCGGGAGCCUGGCACUACCGGAUUUUCCCGGACUUUUUAAAUUCUGGAUUAAAAAUGGCUUCCAAAAUAGAAGGUAAAGCAAAGGUCAUUGCGUGCAGUUAAAACGAUAUUAAGGGCCAGAUUACUCCAGAAAGUUAAUAUUCUAAAGCUAAGAACAGUUGUUUUACUGCUAUAAAGAACCUGCAUUAAAAAUUUCGAGAAAAGAAAGAUCUAAUCGGAGACUUUCGCUACUUGGAAGUAUUGGAAGGAUUCCCGAAUUGUUCGACAAAAAAUUUCAACAAAGAACCGUCGAGUUUAGCUCUUUUUACGGCGCUGGAUCCGACCGAAUAUUGGGGAAUGAUAAGGGGGUGGGUGUACCUGUUUUUACAGACCGUAAAAUAAAAACUACCAAAAAGCGAAACACACCAGAGUGACCCUGAGUGAAAGGGCAACAUUUUAUAUUAGGUCGGCAAGGCUUACAUUAGAUUUUCUCCCCGUCGCUGCGUACGGUCUCAGUAGAAAUCCUAAAGAUCAGACCGGAAACAAUUCUCACUGAACAUGGAUAAAAGCAAGUAUACUUCAGUCUCACUUGAGAGGCAUUUCUCGUCCGGUAACACUGCAGUUCCUGUAAUUUGGGCAAUCAGCUUUUAAUCACAAUCAAGAAUGUCACGUACAUCCAUUUAUCGUAAAAUCCAGCUAGUGGUCUAUUAUCAAUGCUGCGUUCUGAUUGGUUGAGCUACUACUAGGCUAUAUGUUAUAGCCCACUAGUAGCGCAAAGCGCCAGGUUUUGGCGGCAAAAAAGGAGUAAAGUCUGUCUUUAACUAGCUAAAAUUUUAUUAUUCUCGAUAUUUUUGACCAGCUAGUUGGACUUUACUAAAACAAUUAUUCCUCUCUGACUCAGAGCCCAUCAGGACUCAAGGAAUAAUUGUUAAAUAGCUUAGGUGGACUGUUAGACGCAUAAUGAUUUUUUUUGGCCAAAAUGGACCUGUUUCUUUCUUUCUCUUUCAGGGCGCAAACAAAUUGUGAUGUGUUUGUGUUGACCAAAAAGGACUUGGACGAGGUACUUACGCAUUAUCCACAAAUUCGAAAGAAAAUCCUUGAAACAGCUGAGGAAAGGCAGCGGAUGGUGGCAGAACGUGCUAAGGCCUUUGCUAAGAAAAAAGAAGAGGACAAAAAAAGAGAAGAAGAAAACAAGCUCAAGGUUUUUUAUUAUCAUUUUUAUUUUUGCAUGACCUACAGAUGGAUUAAUUAACAGUUAAUGAUGUCUUAACUCAAAUUAAAAGAGGCAGCCUGGUAAAGCAUCUGGAUCAUGAUUAUACUUAAGACGCGUUGCCUAUUCUUGCCACUAAGAUUUUGUUGCAUCGUGUUAAAGACCCCGAAACUUGUUAUUUUUUGUUUAGGAAAAAGAAGAAGGUACCGAUCAAGAAACUCUCGUUAUUGAAGAACCCGCUGAGCCUACACCAACGUUUCAACAACGCCUGCUUACCAGCGUUAAAGCAUUUAAAGCCCGUUUGGCAGACCUGUUUAUCCACUUUGUUAUUUUGCCUGAUAGCAAGCUAAGGCUCAUCAAGUACAUCAACUGCCUGUUUGUGUUUGCUACGACCCUCACUAUAACAUACAUGGUAAGUAAAACACGUGGUAUUCAAGCUGACUCGUCUCCUGUCAACAAGUCGUCUCUUAGUAUCCUAUCAGGGAGUUUAAGCAUCAACGACGGAGACGGCUACGAAAACGUCACUUAAAAAGUAAAUUCGCGGUGCUUCAAUCUUUAUUGCGCUUAUUCAAUCUCGUUAAACUCGUCAAAUGUUGGCAAAUUCUCCUGGGGUUGAUUUCUAAAGGACUGUGUCUCAGUUUAGGAAAAGAAAAAGAAAGUCGUCUUUUAUUCACGUCCUCCACAAAACGUGAAAUUAGACACUUUCACGUUGUAGUUGCGCAGCGACGGUAACGAAAAGUGCAGAAAAGCGUGAAGCACAUGCAAAGUUGUUGUUUUACUAAUCUGAACCUGUUGCUUUUUUGCCGUAACCGUCGUCGUUGCUCAAACUCCCUGGAAGGGCGGUCAAUGGGCGCAUUCCCAUCCAUCCUUCCGCUCCCUUUGGUCACGUUUCUCGCGUUCAGUUCUCCGCGUGCGAUCCAAUUAGAGACGACUGGGAACGAGUCAGGGGGAACACAUAUCACUAGGGAUAUGUGUUUGGUAUUGUAGCAUAUUCAUUGUCCUAGUCAUGCAGUCCGUCGUCGUGAAGGUAACAGGUGGGGGAGGACAGGAGGAUGGGAGCGCGGGAGGAUAGGGGAGAGAGGGCUAGGCAGGCCUAGAGAGGAAAGUGUGGGAAGUGGGAUCUCUAAAAGCGUAGGACUAAGGGGGGAGAAAUCCUGGGGAAAUUACACAAAAAUGCCUAAUAGAAAAAGAGCUAAAAGGAGGACACUUUCGUCAGUUGAACAUGAACUGCAAUAUGUUUUCGAAUUUCCUACUCUCACUAUAACUUAAAUCUGUUAACAAGAGUCUGAUAAUAAGCAAAACACACACUAGUGACGCAGUGCCAGCAGAGAGAUGACCUUGACUUAGCGCAACUGAAGAAGGCAUAAUCCAGUUUUCUAAAGGACACGCGAAACACUUUCUAUUCGCUAAUGAUCACAUUCACUCUUUUUUCUUUCCAAAAAACUAGAACGGCACGUUACAUAAGAUGAUGAUUACGGCAAAAAGCGAACAAAAAUUAUAUCAAAAUUGCCCCAAUUACCUCUGGAUAAAAAUGGCAUGAAAUUUCUUGUUUUGCGUGGGUAGAAUAAACAGUGAAUGAAAGCAAAGGGAAAACUUGGUUAGGUGGUACAAAUUGACUUUGCAGUUUGCCGUAAACGGCCAGGAGCGACCAACUUCCAUGCACUCUUGUCGGCUCGAUCGAGGAGUUUCUUCACCGACCAGUUUAUUUUUUGAGGGAAUUUUGCGCGAACUAUCUUUUAAGUACAACAUGCAGACCAGUCAGCAAAACCUACAGAACUAGAAAUGGUCUUUUUGUGACGUUUAGUUUCCUUGAAUGCAUUCAAAGACGAGGGGAGCUUUCAUUUUCGCAGGAAAAGGUGCUCCAAAAUGUCUCCAGAAAGAAAACGGGUCCUGGAAAAUGCCGGCAGUGACAUAGGCCUAGUAUGAAGUUGCUCGCUCCAGAUUUGGGCUGCUGUGCAGACAUGAUUCUAAAUCUCUCUAUUUCCUCUCAGUAACUUUUGAUGGAGCUGGGCCAAACACAUUUCAUUUUUUAAAUUUAAAGUUCUGUUGUGUUUACUGAUGUUUACCAUCGUAUCUCGGUUUUAAUUUAGGCUGCUUUUCAAGAUCAUCCUUGGUAUCUCUUUGCCUUUAACUACUUAUGCGAGUUAUCGUUUUACGUAGAGGUAAGUAACUUGCACAUCACAGCUACAUUUAACAUUCUCAUAAAAUCCGACAGAACGAAAACUCCCCUUUAACGUUUGUCUUUUUCAGAUCUACCUCAAUUUCCACAUGGCCUACAGGAACAACAUUGGUGAAGUUAUUUCUGAUGGAAAAACAUUAUUGACUAAUUACGUAAAAGGAAAGUUUUUUCUCGAUGUUUUGGCUUCUUUUCCUAUUGAUCUUUUCGCCCUGGCUGCACCUUCGAACAAGCGGCUACUGGUGUUGUCAUACCUACGGCUGCUUCAUUUGCUUCGCCUCGUACGAAUGCAACAGUUUUUCUCAGAACUGGCCCAGAGGUUAAACAUCGAGUAAGUAUCGUCUUCCAAGUACUGGGUAAACAUGCUUUUUCUUCUUAGUCUGUUGUUUUAAUUUUUCUAAAUUUAAUAAAUGAAGAAGGUUAGAGAUCGGGGACAAUUAAAGUGAUACCAAGAGUCAUUAUGGCUCUUGGUAAUACCUAGUCCUUCACGUCCACAAACACCUUUCCAUAGAGCGAGCGUAGGGUGUUUAUAUGAAAGGGAAAGUUGACUCUUUGCCCUUAACCUUUGCCCGAGCCAACAGCCCUCGCGCAUGCUUUGAUUGUCUCGUCUUGAUAGAGUUGACCUUGCUGAGCGAGCCAAGUUGUUUAUAUGGAGAAAAAUUGGCCCUGUUCAGAGGGUGACCCACCAAUCGCUAACGUGUGACCCGGCCAGUCGGGUCACCCUUCUAGCCAGGCCAACUCUCUGUUUCUAGUGUAAACAGUUCGCCACAUUUUGUAAGGGAAUGUAUGGAAAGUUGGCUCACCCAGGGUAGCUCGGGUAGGAACAGGUAUGUUCCCUGUACCCUGGAAAACUUUUCUCCAUAUUAACGGUGCUUUAGGAAAAAUUUAAGUGGAAUCGAGUU